ACCAACGAAGGCGGUGCCAUGCCUCGUUGCUUAUCGCCUCGUUAAAAAGAGAAACCGAAUCAUUAUACUCCAUAAUCGCGAAUGGCAUCCUCAGAAGCUAUGGAUGAUAGUUUCAGAGUUCGAGUAGAGAAGAUUUUUGGAUCGCUCAAGUCAUCCUCGCAGCAACCGUCGUCUCUGCAAUCGACUCUUUGGUCUCUCAACGACGACGAGGUAGAGAAAAGAGAAUGGAGAAGAGACGCCGGUGCCUCUGACAGGGACGAUGUACCGUGCUCAUCGUCCUUUAAUGAGUUGAAAAGAGAUCGGAAGAAAAACUUUCGUAGAGCGCUUGCAGAAGAUCUAGAUGAGCUCGAUGGUGAUGACGAUGAAGAAUCCAAUACGUUGCGCCGGAGAAGAGUGGGCUCUGAUGGCGUGGAUGAAUGGGAUAUCAGAUCAUCAAUUGGCUUGGACCGCACUCUUGAUAAUGAGGAAGAGGAAGAUGAAUAUGAUAAGGUGGCUUCAGGAAGAGAAAAUGCUGGGGAGCGUCUCUAUAUGAAGAAUGUCACUAAUCAAGAGUCUUAUUUGAACAUUCAUAAUGUACUUCCCAAGUCAUUGCGUGGUACCAAAGACCCACGUGCUAAUCUCAUGAAGGCAAAAAUCAGGUUGCAGGAAGAUGAAGCUGAGGCUCCUGAACAAAAUUCCCACCUUUAUUGUGAUACAGAAGUUAAAGAGCUCUGUGUAAAGCCAUCUCAUGAAAAUGGAUCUCAAGUGAGAUCUAUAUUGAAAAGGAAAGACAAUAGUUCAGAUUCCAAGCCGCAUAAGCGGGUCACAUUUGACCCAGUUUGUGACACUGUGUGCGAGGAAGAAGCAACCAAAAAAGUUGAAAAUAUUUCCAUGGGCAGUUCCUCAUUAAACAGUGUGAGAUCAGAUGGUGAAUACAUGUCAAGCCAGAAUGCAUAUGGCGUUCCUGAUUACUUACGGAAUCCUUCAAAAUAUACCUGUUAUAGUUUUAACUCAUCCAGCGAAGUUGAAGAGAAAUCCAAUACCCAGGCUUGCAUGGAUUUUCUUGAGCUGGUCAAAGGUCUAAAAUCCACAGGAUCGGAAUCAGAGUUGAAGGAUGCAACAACCGACCUUCAUAAGCCAGUGACUUUCAUUCCUAGGAAAAAGGUGGGCCAUGCCAAUGCUAUUAACUACUGCAGUAAGGUUGACAAACAUGAUGGUAAUCGAUCAUCCCAGCAGAAUGUGUUACCUGUUGGCAUUGCAGCUGGGGACUCGCAAGAGUUGGAAGCUGGUGUGAUGGAAGAAGAUGACCCAGAAACAAAUGCCAUGAUCAAAAGUGACAGUUCCCAGAAAGCUAACCGCAUUUAUCGAACAAAGUCAAGCUCAGAUGAAUGAUCCUUGCUCUGCUUUUUUUAAGUUUCUGAAAUUCUAUUCAGUAGAUUUCUCUACUGUAAUAUAUUUCUGAAGUUCUAUUUUCAACAUGUUCAAGCGUCAUUAUGUUUAGUAUCGUUUGGGUUUUUGUGAUUGUGAAAAAUGAGUUACAGUUAUAAGAAUUUGUAUUAAAUGCUAAGUUUUUCCCUUUGGACCCUUCCACAUGUUUUGCUGUUCAGUUGAACGCAUAUUAUUGUGCUUAUGAAUUAUGAUGAAA